UGUGAUGUGCCCGUUGGAUUGUUCGUGUGGUGAGUCUGCGUUUUUCGGGAGAUAUGGUCCUGAUCAACCCCAGUGCAGCGAUCCCAACUGGCUCCCGUUCUGGGUAAAUUGUUCGAGCGGAUGGAACGAAGAAUACAGAAACAAUACUGCUCCCAAAGCGAUUAUGUUAAAUCUGAACCAUGCACCGAUCAGAGAAUUGCAUCCGGGUUCUUUUGAUGGGCUACGAAAUGUACAUACACUAGACAUCGAUUCAGCCCAGCUGAAGAGGUUGCCACCUGAUGUGUUUAUCGGAAUGCAUCGACUGGUCAAGAUCAUUGCGAGUAACAACAGCCUGACUUAUCUUGAACGUGGGACAUUCCGAGGACUACACAAGUUGAGAUUAUUGUACCUAGAUUUGAACAAAAUAUCGCGGCUCGACGAGGGUUGUUUUAUGGAUCUUCACAGUCUAUUCUUCAUAGGACUGAAUCAGAAUCCACUUGGCAAUAUUAGGCCUGGAACUUUCAGAGAGCUCGGAGAUUCUUUAGAACGUCUGAUUUUACGAAACAAUAGUAUCACAUCAAUAAACUCCAGUUUGUUUGAUGGAAUUGGACAAAAGCUCCUACGUCUAAAUGUCCAAGAUAAUCCCAUUUCGGUGGUUGCACCUGGUUCCUUCACCAACCUUACUAAUGUGACAAGUUUGUCCUUGAUGCUAACACCCAAAAAUCCAAUACAUCUAUAUCCUGGAUUCUAUGAUGGGCUGGAAAGUCUUGAAACAGUAUUUGUCUAUGAUCAGCGGUUGUGUUGUUUUCUACCAUCAAAUGCAAAGUGUGCCCUACAGAAACCUCCAGAGCCUCUCUUCACCUGUAGGAUGACAUUCCUCCACAAUAGUGCCAUUAAGUUCUUCACCUGGUUGCUUGCCUUUGUUACUUUGUUUGGCAACACUUUUGUCCUGGUGACCAGACUGCGUUCCAAGCGCACCAACAUGGUCGCUAGAAUACAGUCGAUCCUAAUAGCCAACUUGGCCGUUGCUGACCUACUUAUGGGACUUUAUCUGCUGAUCAUAGCAAGUGCUGAUGCCUACAUAGGAAACUCUUACUUCUGGAAAGGUCUGGCUCAUGAAUGGCGGAGGAGUGGGAUGUGUCGUUUUGCAGGUUUCCUUUCAUUCUUGAGCAGUGAGAGCUCGGUGUUUCUCAUUGUCCUCAUCAGUGUUGACCGCUUCAUCUGUAUCGUGUUCCCCUUCUUGAAGCAUCGAUUCACCAUCUUUACCAUUCAAGUCUGUACUGGGGUAAUCUGGGUGGUUGCCAUAAUCCUCAGUGGCAUUUCUGUGUUGCUGACCGUUCUUGAUCCCGAUGCCUAUGACCUUAGUGAUGUCUGUGUUGGCCUGCCUCUUAUCCGAAAAAACAUCAACUUGCAGGCGGAAGUUGACAAGGACAUACUAAAUACCAUCGGCAUAGAGGUCAAAAAGGUUGUUGCUGGUUCAUCCGCUUCAACAUGGCAGUAUUCCGUGGCCGUCUUCCUUGGAAUCAACUUCAUUUGCUUCACCAUCAUCCUGGUGGCUUACAUCGCUAUCUUUGCCAAGGUGCGCUUCAGCCGUGCUGCCGUAGGACAAAAGGGAUAUUCUUCCAACGAAAUCAGGAUGGCCCUGAAGCUCUCCCUCAUUGUUGCAACAGAUUUCUUCUGCUGGAUGCCUAUCAUCAUCCUUGGAAUCAUUGUCCAGUCUGAUCACGUUGUCAUAUCAGCUGAUGUCUAUGCCUGGCUCAUUGCUCUGGUUCUUCCCAUCAACUCAGCCAUCAAUCCUUACCUCUAUACCAUUGUUGAUCACUACGUUGGCCAAGAUAAAUCAAGCCAUACUUCAGGAGGAUCAGGCGGAUCUAGUAACUAAAUGAAACUGAAUGUGCUGCAAGACUUGGGUUGGUAUAACUACAGGACACAGAAAUUGUUUGGUUUCAUAAUAGCCCUAGACCAAACAAUGCAAAAUGAACUACUGGUAUAUGAACUGCAUUGAACUAUCUAAGAGCCAAUGAUUGCAAGACUGUGAUCAGGGCCCUGUCUUACAAAGAGUUGCAAUUGAUCUGAUCAAUCACAAAUAUGGAAAGCCAGCUACGCCAACAUCUAAAAUGAUGUAUAUUCAUACAUUCACUAUUUUCUUGAAUAUUAACUGUGCUUCUCUUUGUUUUCAAAGGACAUUGUGCAAAAUUGCCUGUAGAAUAAAUUAUGACACUGAUGGAUUUUAUAUAGUUAAGAUUGAUUGAAUCAAUCGCAACUUAUUGUAAGACAGGACCCAGGCAGUUCUGUCCAAGAUAGGGACAGUAAUGUUAAACUGGACACAAAAGCUCCAGGUCAUAGCAUGUUUGGACCAAGUGCAGUUAGCAAUUUAGCUCAAAUCUGUAUACAUGUAGGUCACUCUGCACUAAAAAAAGAUUUAUUUUUAUCUGUAUACACGGGGCUUACCUGACAAAGAGUUUCAAGAGAACCAAAUCAAACUCAAAUUGAAAUUGCAUAUUUUGAAAUCGACCUCAGAUUGUGUUCGAAUCAUAACUUCUGUACCCCUUCCAAAGAUGACCCUCCCCCCAAAAAAAAAAUAAAGUAGCCUAAGGGGUUACAAUAAAAAAAGCAACAUUACUUCUAAGCUAAUCAAAUGUUUUCUUGAUGCGAAAAGUAGGGUCUGUUGGAUUUCUUAUCAUCCAUGGAUUCUUUGAGAAAAUUUGAUCUUCAAUUUUUUUAUAUAUCAAGCCCCUCUUCUGUUAAUGUUUUUUUUUUUAAGAUGAGCAGAACAAAUAUUAUAUCCCCUAAACUCCAUAAUAGCAAUUAAUACUGGAGGUAAUGUCUUGGAAUCAAAUAAUUAGAUUUUUAUUUGAAGCAUAUUUCUUAAAUCUUCACUUUAUGUUGCCACUGAAAAUCAUGCAAAUGAGAAAUAAAUUAUCUUCUUAGAUAUAGUAGUAAAUCCAUUACUCUGUGUUUUGAUUAUAAAUUUCACAAAACUGUCCAGAUCACUUAUAGCUUGUUUCUUUGUUACUUUUUGUAUGUUCCAUUAGUUUGUAUGUGGGUUCCAUUUCUUUGAUGCAUUGUGUAUAUAUAGGGGUCCGGUAAGUGUUUUCUUGAAAUAAAAUAAAUUUGAUGCAAAAUAACAAUUGAAAUUUGUAUUACUUUCAAUUUUAUGAUGAAGAUGUUUCAAAUCACUAAUAUUGCACAGUGGCACGAUCUGAGCAAUGCCUGUGUACAUGUACAAGUACAAUUAAGUGAUAUGAUAAAAGACUUGAAUUUCAAGGAUGAAUGAACAAAUAACAUAAAGGAAAGAAUUGUGACUUAAUUGCUUUAUACCAUAUUGAUUUGGAAUACAUAUCUUUUAGCUAAUCAUAAGAAAAUAUUUCAAGACAGUCAAAAUUGUGAAGUAGAGCAUGAAAAAGAAGUAAGCAUCUUCUAGCUUGAUUUUUGAUAAGAUAUUCAUUUGUUUCAAGAUUAUAAUGUGUGUUAUUUGCAAUUAAGAAUUUUAUGUGUAUUCCUGUAUAAAAGAAAUUAAAAUACAUAAACUAUGAAAUAAAGACAUUAAUCCCACAGAUAGUCUUAUAGAUCACAUUUAUUAUCAUACAAAAAAGAUUUGCACAUGAUUUGAUGACAUAAUACAAGCAAAUAAACAUGAUUAUAGUUAUAAGAAUAAAAUUAAUUUCUAAAACAUACAUGUAUGCCAUUAAAUGGUGCUCUGUCACUUCUAUUCAAUAAGAAUUACAUGGGAAUUACUCUUUCACUUUGUAUGCUGUUCAAACAAGGUUGAGAUCAACAAGUUUAUGAAUCAUAGUAUCUUAAUAUAUCAAUAUCUCUACAAGCUAAUCAAACAAUUUCAAGUUUUAGCUCAUGUGCUUAAAAUCAAAUGAAUAAAUUACACACCAAUCAUCCUAACACUUCAGCUGUUGUUUUCUUUUUGGUUAUACAGAUAACCUUGAAUAAGUCAACCCUCUAUUGGUCGAAUAUUUGCCCAAAUCAAAUGAUUAUUUUUUAGAUCAGAUUAAAGCAAAACAUUGUUUAUCAUUUAAUAUCAAUAUUCCUUUUCUACGUAAAAUUUCUCCAACAUUGUAGGUUGAAUAAACUCCUACAGUACCAAAAGAUUUGACUAUUAAAAGGCAAAGUUAUCCGUAAUUUGUUAGGCUGGAUUUUAUGUUUAAUAAAAUAAUGCAAAUGUAUCACACUAA